CUGCAUGAACCUCUCUUGUAUAGUUUAAGAAGAAUAGCUUUGCUUCGGAAAAAGACGAGUACUUCUGCCCAUGGCUGCAUCUUUCUCAGUCCCUUCCAUGAUGAUGGAGGAAGAAGGGAGGUUUGAAGCAGAAGUCGCAGAAGUGCAAGCAUGGUGGAAUUCGGAGAGGUUCAGGCUAACCCGUCGACCAUACUCGGCCAGAGACGUGGUGGCUCUGCGAGGCAGCCUUCGACAAAGCUACGGUUCCAACGAGAUGGCGAAGAAGCUGUGGAGAACCCUCAAGACCCACCAAGCCAAUGGCACUGCCUCGAGGACUUUCGGUGCACUUGAUCCUGUUCAAGUCACCAUGAUGGCCAAGUACUUGGACACCAUUUAUGUCUCUGGCUGGCAGUGCUCGUCCACCCACACCACCUCCAAUGAGCCGGGACCUGACCUUGCUGACUACCCUUACGACACCGUUCCAAACAAGGUCGAACACCUCUUCUUCGCGCAGCAAUACCACGACCGGAAGCAGAGGGAGGCGAGAAUGAGCAUGAGCAGAGAAGAGAGGGCUAGAACCCCUUUUGUUGAUUACCUGAAACCCAUCAUUGCUGAUGGGGACACCGGGUUUGGUGGUGCCACCGCAACCAUUAAGCUUUGCAAGCUUUUUGUGGAGCGGGGAGCCGCCGGGGUUCACAUAGAAGACCAGUCCUCGGUAACCAAAAAAUGUGGUCACAUGGCAGGAAAAGUUCUUGUUCCAGUUAGCGAGCACAUAAACAGGCUCGUUGCGGCGAGGCUGCAGUUUGACAUAAUGGGGGUGGAGACGGUCUUGGUGGCUCGAUCCGACGCAGUGGCUGCGAACUUGAUUCAGAGCAAUGUGGACACGAGGGACCAUCAAUUCAUAUUGGGGGCAACUAACGCAAGCCUCAAGGGGAAGAGUUUGGCUACUCUUCUGAAAGAAGCAAUGGAUGCUGGCAAAACAGGAGCAGAGCUUCAAGCCCUGGAGGAUAAUUGGCUUUCAGUGGCACAGUUAAAGACAUUUCCUGACUGUGUCGUCCAAGCGAUUAAGUCCAUGAACAUUGGGGAGGAAGAGAAGAGGAGGAGACUAAAUGAGUGGAUGAGCCAUUCUGCUCACAACAAGUGCUUGUCCAACGAGCAAGGCCGGGAAAUUGCUGAAAGAUUGGGGCUCAACAACCUCUUCUGGGACUGGGAUAUGCCCAGGACUAGAGAAGGGUUCUACAGGUUUAAAGGAUCGGUAACAGCUGCGAUUGUGCGCGGCUGGGCUUUUGCUCCUCAUGCUGAUCUUAUCUGGAUGGAGACCUCGAGCCCAGACUUGGUGGAGUGCACCCACUUUGCGGAAGGAGUGAAAUCGGUACACCCGGAGAUCAUGUUGGCUUAUAAUCUCUCUCCUUCCUUCAACUGGGAUGCGUCGGGAAUGUCCGAUGAACAGAUGAGGGAUUUCAUCCCAAGGAUUGCAAGGCUCGGUUACUGCUGGCAGUUCAUUACGCUAGGGGGUUUCCAUGCCGAUGCGCUGGUGACCGACACUUUCGCAAAGGAUUAUGAACGGCGAGGCAUGCUGGCCUAUGUGGAAAGGAUCCAGAGGGAGGAGAGGAACAAUGGAGUUGAUACACUGGCUCACCAGAAGUGGUCUGGUGCAAAUUAUUAUGAUAGAGUUCUUAAGACUGUCCAGGGAGGCAUCAGUUCCACUGCAGCCAUGGGAAAGGGUAAGCCUCCCCCUGCUUCUCACUCAAACAUGACUACUCAACUGCUCACAAGUAUUGCAUGGCUCAAAAGAUUGGUACGCUCCAACCAGUGCAAUGAAAAGCAGUGAUUCCUGCAGACACUUAUUUUAUGUUGAGAGCUUGGAUUUUAAGUUUAAGGCUCAAAAUCCACGCUUCCAAACACAAGCUUGUGAAAUCACUAAUGCUUUGUUCAUACUUCACUAACAAUAUUAGCAGAAAGCAGCCAUUGCUCAUAUUCUUUCCAUCUUUUGCCUGCAGGAGUAACCGAAGAACAAUUCAGAGAAACAUGGACUCGUGCAGGCACAUCUGAAAUGGCAGGAGGAAGUGCACUGGUUGCAAAGUCAAGAAUGUAGCUGGGAGAGCUACAUUUGGGCCAUGAUGAUCAAGGGUUAAUUAUCAAAGAACCUUAUUUAUUUAAUUCCUAUUUUCUGAAAAUGAGCUAAAAUAAUUAAAUUCAAAUAAUUCAUCGUGGAUUUGGUGUUCA